AUGGGUUCGGCGCAGACCCCGGAGGCGCCGGCGCCGACAGCAGCAUACAAGGCCGUCAACAUUGACCCGGAUGGCGACCUUUACCUACACGUUCCCGACACGGGUGAAGCUUCCACGCUCUGGAAAUUCCGAGUCUGCUCCGCUGCACUCCGCCGCCGUUCGCCAGUAUGGAAGCAGAUGUUAUUUGGGCCUUGGAAGGAAGGAAAGCCGACCAGCAGCGACAAGGACUGGAUUGUCGAGUUGUUCGAUGAUUGUCCUCAGGCGAUGCAGCUGAUCCUUCACAUCGUACACGGAAACUUCGAUAUGGUCCCCCCGCUGUUUCUCUCCCUCCGCCAGCUUCACGAUUUGCUGGUGGUCGCCAACAAGUACGAUGUUGUCAACAUUAUCAAGCCUUGGAGCCAGAACUGGGCAUCUAUAGCGCAAGGAUCAAUGACGGAGGCGGAUGAUAUAAUCGAGUCUUUCUAUGUCGCAUGGGAGCUCGAGAUUGCUGUAAACAGCUCUAUCGAUACAAAGGGCCGCCUGGUCCUAAAGAAAGGAGGAGGAAGGGGUCCGUUCGUAUCGAAACCAACAGAAGCUGUCCUCGAGGAUGUGGAACACCUUGGCCCAUAUGAUAUAUUAGAUACUAUAUAUCAUAUUCGUGAGGACCUGAUAGAGGCCAUAAUUCAGCCUGUGCACGAAGAUAUUCGGGCACGCCUGAAAGCUUCGCCCGCCUGCUGUUUCAAGCCAGGCUCCAACCAAACCUUGGACAUAGCUGCAGGCUCAUGUCAGCUUUGCGACGCCGCAAUUCUGGGCGGUAUUCACUCAAGCAUGCUGAAACAGAAAGGUUACCUGCUCCCGAUACUGCACGCCGAACUUCUCGACAGUGUCGUGGGGCUCGCAAAUUGGCUGUUUCCUUGCAUGAUCAACGUCGAGACUAUGCCGCUACAUCGCAAGACGUGCUCGAUCGCACAGAAGUACACCGAUCUGAGCAACGAGGUUCAUGGCAGCAUCCCUACCGUGGCCGGACGCCAUAUUGCACCCUCCUACCACAGCUACAUGGAGAAAGCCAGAGUAAAGACUGGCCUUGCUAAGAAGGGGGCGGAUACAGCUACUUACACGUACUGGGUACAGCCUAGAGGUAAUUUUGGCACAAAUUUCUUCGACAGAAUUUCUACGCCAGCUACGUCGUCGCUGUUUGGAACGCCUAUUCCCACUCGCUCUGCCGCGCCUACCACGGCUACUACGGCUACCACUUCUACCACUUCUGCCACAUCUACCGCAGCAAGCAUAGGCAACACGCCUGUGUAUACUACGCCUAGAUUAUUCGUAAAUCCCGUUGCCUGGACGCCCAACUGAUUCUGUCGCUAGUCACUUAAUAAAGACACUGCGUUAUUGGCGCUUCUCCAUGUGUAACAUUUGCUAUCCCUUGUAGUAUGGAAGCGCCUUCUCACCCAUUGGCACCAAAGAGUUGUUGAUCGCCGCCUUUCUACAUUGC